CCCAGGAUCCUCCCUGUUUGUCCGGUCACAGCUGAAGGAGAGGGCUGCCAGUUGUUCACCUAACAUCACCGACACACAGCUGGAGAAGCAGCUCGACAACAAAAUGAGAAUUACACUAAUUCCAUUAUUGCUGGCCCUGGCUGCUGCCUGUGUGCCUGCCCUCUGUGGCAACAAGGAGCAGCCUGUCCCCCAGCCUGAGGCCCCGGUUGGAACCCGCUCCCACUUUGCUGCUCUGGACGAUGUGCGUCUUUUGGCGAACGGCCUCCUUCAGCUGGGUCAGAGCCUGCGGGAGUUUGUGCAGAAGACAAAGGGACAGAUAAAUGACAUCCUCCAGAAGCUUAACAUCUUUGACCAUUCGUUUUACCAGCUCUCAGUGUUCGCCAGUCAAAUUAAAGAGGAAGAAGAGGAGCUGAAGAAGACCACCGUGGUACUGAAGGCUAACAGUGAAGAGAUCAAGGGCCUGUCUGUUGAGAUUAGCUCCAAAGUGGACAGCAUCCUGCAGGAGAAGAGUCGGUUACAGAACAAGGUGGAUGGGAUGGAGGAGAAGCUGCGCAGCCUGACACAUGGCCUGGUGACGAGCGAACAAGUGGGAGAGAUCAAUAGUCUCAAGGAGCUGAUCCACAGCCAGGAGCGGAGCAUUACGGAGCUGCUGAACGCUAUGAGGGAGCAGAGUGACCAGCUCAACCACCAAAGGAUUAUGAUCAAGACUCUGGAGGAAAAGUUUACAGUCAACACAUUGACCCAGGAGACCAUUGAGAGGAUGCCUGAAAUCCUGAACAGCGAAGCACCAACCCUCACCCCUUAUCUGACCUCAAGCUCUACCAGCACCACCGACAUGAUGAAUCUGCCAUCAGACUGCAGUGACCUGUUCAACAGAGGGGAAGGGGUCAGCGGCGUCUAUGCCAUCAGACCCACCGGAACAGAGCCCUUCAUGGCCUUUUGUGACAUGAGCAUAAAUCAUGGAGCAACAGUCAUUCAGCGAAGGAGGGAUGGUUCAGUGAAUUUUGAUCAAAUCUGGGACAAGUAUGAAAAUGGGUUUGGAGAUUUUCAAGGGGAGUUUUGGCUGGGUCUCAGGAAGAUCCAUGCUCUAGCCGCUCAGGGAAACUCUGUCCUUCACAUCCAGCUAGAAGACUGGAAACAGGGCAGGCACUUCAUAGAAUACAGAUUUUACCUUAGUGGUCUUGAGAGCAACUACACCAUUCAUCUCACGCAUCUAUCAGGAGAUUUGGCGGACCCCAUGAGCAACCACACAGGCAUGAUGUUCUCCACCAAGGACAGGGACAAUGACAACCACCAGGACUCCAACUGUGCCCACAACUACACAGGUACAGCAGGUGGAUGGUGGUUCAACGCCUGUGGAGAGACCAAUCUGAAUGGGAGAUAUUUCCACAUGAGACCUAAGGGGCGCUCAGAGAGAAGGAGAGGGAUUCAAUGGAGGCCGGGCCAAAAGGCUUCUUACUCCCUCAAGCUCACUCAGAUCUCUGUACACCCUAUGGCUUCCCCCAGCACCACCUCCUCCACUUCAGCCUCAUCUGAGACAGGUGUCUUUCUGAGAUCCAGCACCAGAAUUCUCCAGUAAAAUUUGCAUUUAACAGUGGCCUCUUCAGGACAGACUUGGAAAUGCUUCCUUUGGCCCAGCCAUAGUUUAAGAAGGCUUACGCCUUCUACACACUGGAUGUGUGGUGUUUCUGUUGUGUGUCAGUUGCGUUUUCUAUGUCUUUACACACCAGAAACGUGUCUGACGCGGUGCUUCUGCUGCUAGCCUCGUCUGGACACAUGUAUGUUUCCCAUUGAUAAACUGCACUCAAGCAUUAGUAUACUUCAUUUUAAACAUAAAUAUAUACUGAUUUGAUUACAGCCAAGACAACAUCAGCAGUAUUGAUGGCAAAAUAGGCUACAGAAUAUUUCGUUCUGUAUUGACAGGUGCAACAUUUGAAAAUCGAUAAUUAUUUAUUAUUAUUAUUUUAAAUUACAUUUAAAUUUGCAUUUAUGUUAAAACCUAGAAACUUUCCAACAUCAAAAUGUAAUUUAUGAAAUUAAUUUGUGUCAAAAUGACAUAUAAACAUCUUUUUCUAUUCUAUUUUGCCUGGAAACGCUUCCAACACGCUUGCGUAUCGUGUGAAAAAUAGGCGCCGACCCUAUUUUUAGCAUGCACGCGUGUCACGCAGGCAGUCUGCAACUCUAACCUGUUAACAUGGGAGCCGAAAUAAAAACGGACACGCCACGCAGCUGACACGCUCACGCCACACAUCCAGUGUGUAGCUGGCCUUAGGAACAGAGGUGUCAAGUUCCAGUACAUGAAGUCACAGAGGACACUAAAUAAGCUUUAAAAUUCUGAGUGCUGUUGUGUGCUAAACUGAGAAAGCCAAAAUGAUAUAUUGCUGCCUAAAGCCAGGGUAAUCUCUAAUUGAAUAGAACAAUUGUAUUGUGAAAUCUGAAAUACACUGAAAUGCAGUUAGCAUGCAAUAUAUCUUACUAUAUCACUCACUGUAUCUCAGAGGUCAAAGGUUAUGGAGAAGAAAUUAAAACAUACAGCCAUAUGUGAGCAGUUUUUUUUAUUGGGUCACAGUGACUCUCAGUAUACAGCACUGGUUCCCAACAUGGGGUGGGACCCCUUGAGUCACAAGAUACAUCUAUUUUUAAUUUUAGGUUAAAAAAUGCACUUAAAUAAUUAAUCCAUUCUAAUUGCUAAGAGCUCACAAUAGUUGAUGAUUUGUCAACUAAUGGUUUCAAUUCACUUAAAGGGGCUGUACUUGAUAUUCUGAACAAUAAUGUAGCAGUAAACAACUAUUUGCUAUACUAUAGAGAUAUGGUGGGGAAAUGGCAUCCUGAGCAGAGAAUGAAGUCACACUCCCUCUAUGUGUGUUGUAAUCAUAGACUGUAAUGAUAAUGGACGUUACAUCAGUGAUGUCACCAAUUGGAUUGUAGACUGCUGUUUUGGCAGUUUGGCCUUCGCCAUCUUGGUUUUUUGAAACCGGAGGUGACGAUUUUUGGACAAGAGGGUGGAGCUGGAGAGGAUGACUCACGCAGGCAAGCCAGUGUUGUUUAUGGUUACAAUGGCACUGCGCUAAGCCAAAUGCUAAAUAGGGAAAGUUGUCAAUUUUCAACUAGCUAAAGCGAGUCAUCCAGCAGACUUGUCCUGUUGGGUGAACACAAACCUUCGGGUACUGGCGCCAUUUAUCUGCAUGUAUGGCAGUACAGAAAAUCGGCAGACUUUCCCUAAAUUUACCAGUUAGCGCUAGCACUAGUUAGCUAGCCUUGCUUUGCAAGGUGCAACUGAAUGCUGAACAAGACAUAGACCAAAAUGCUCCUAUUACCUUCGAUGAAGUGAAUGUUUACAGUCUAUGGUUGUAAUCUAAACUUCUCUGUUGUUUGUUUUGAUAGCUGGUCCAUCUGUGAAUGCAUGUUAGUGCAUUUGAGUGCCUUGUGCGUCGGUAUCUGAUGCCGAGGGAAGUGACAAAGCGAACUGACAUCUGUAAUGAGUAACAAGGCAUCCUUAGUAAAUAGGCUAUUGCUUCAUCUUCAUAAGGCAACAAGAGUUGGAAACCACUGCUAUAGAUAACACUCAUCUAUACUUUACAUACUCUAUUUUUGAUAUAUUUGCUAUGUUUUAUUAAUUUAAAUAAAUAAAAGUGUGGAUAUCCGUACCUGAAAACAUAAUGAAAACCCUGAUCAAACCUAACUGAACUCAUAAUGUCCUGUUUGUUAUUAAAGACUGUAGAAUGAUUGCGGUCCUGACAUUGGUCAGGCACAGCAUGGUCUUGCUAUGUCAACAGAGAUUCGUAGUAUUUGUAGAGUAAUGCAAUCCUUGAACUAAAAACACCAACUUUUUAUGCCUAAGUCUAGUAAAUGAAUGACUAAUGCAUGUUCAUGCUAUUACUAUGUACUAUUGCACUGGUAGGUUGUGAUGCCACACUCUUUUGUACUGUCUUGUUGAAUCCCUAAAUAAACUUAAGAGGGCAGUGUUGGUCUGUCUCAUGCAUA